UUUUGUUGCAGCUCUCUUCUGACUCCACACUCUGCUUUCUCCUUUUCCCACCUCUGUCUGCUGUCUCCUCCUUCUCUGCAAUUGUCGCCGGGAUUUCCACACAGAGAGAUCGAGAGCGAGAGAGAGAGAGAGAGCAAUGGCGGAGGCGUUGAGAUGGUUCGCCCUGUGCACGGUGCUGGUCGUGGUGAUGGUCGUCGGAGUUACGGCCACUGCUCGGAAUGGCGGGAUCUCCGGUCUUGCUCUGACUCGGAAUGUGGAAACUGAGGCGUUGCAGAGCUCGAGCAACUCUUCCAUGGCGGCUAGAUCUGGAUCGUUUAUUCAGUUACGGUUCGUUUUCUUGGAUUCCUUAGUUGCGGAAGUACUCCUUUUCCCUUACAUAGUCCUCCUCUUCCUGCUUUUUGACAGCACCGGAGAAGAAGCGGUUAAUGAUGCACCCGGGAACAAUGUCAAUGAGCAUGCUGUUCAGGACCCAGAAGAGGUGGUUUCAAUGGUGGAAAUAUACUGCCAAUCUGUUUGUUUCCAUCUGUACAUAUAUCUAACUGGAUUGGAUUGGAUUGGAUUGGUUUGGUUUGGUCCCCUGGCUGUCUUGAUUACCACUUACUUGCAUUGCAGGAGCAUCCACAACAGCACUGAAAGGAGGAAACUAGGAUAUUUCUCUUGUGGAACGGGCAACCCCAUCGAUGAUUGCUGGCGCUGUGACCCACACUGGCAGAAGAACCGCAAGAGGCUUGCUGAUUGUGGGAUUGGGUUCGGGAGGAAUGCCAUUGGCGGGCGUGAUGGGCGGUUCUACGUGGUGACCGAUCCCAGAGACGACGACCCUGUGAACCCAAGACCGGGGACCCUGCGCCACGCUGUGAUCCAGGACCGGCCGCUGUGGAUUGUUUUCAAGAGGGACAUGGUAAUCCAACUGAAGCAAGAACUGAUCAUGAACAGCUUCAAGACGAUCGACGGGCGUGGUGCCAAUGUCCACAUCGCCAAUGGAGGGUGCAUUACCAUCCAGUUCGUGACGAAUGUGAUCAUCCACGGCCUCCACAUCCAUGACUGCAAGCCCACAGGGAACGCCAUGGUGAGGAGCUCGGAGACACACUUUGGAUGGAGAACCAUGGCUGACGGAGAUGCCAUCUCCAUCUUCGGGUCUAGCCACAUUUGGGUGGAUCACAACUCGCUCUCUCACUGUGCUGAUGGGCUGGUUGAUGCGGUGAUGGGCUCGACCGCCAUUACCAUCUCCAACAAUCACAUGACCCACCAUAACGAGGUGAUGCUGCUGGGGCAUAGUGACUCUUACACAAGGGACAAGCAAAUGCAAGUGACCAUCGCUUACAACCAUUUCGGAGAGGGACUCAUCCAGAGGAUGCCAAGAUGUAGACAUGGGUACUUCCAUGUGGUGAACAAUGACUACACCCACUGGGAGAUGUACGCGAUCGGAGGGAGUGCCAACCCCACCAUUAACAGCCAGGGUAACAGAUACAACGCCCCCAUCAACCGCUUCGCCAAGGAGGUGACCAAGAGGGUGGAUACGGCGGCGGGCGUGUGGAAGGGCUGGAACUGGAGGUCGGAGGGAGACCUGCUGCUCAACGGAGCUUACUUCACGCCGUCCGGAGCAGGGGCUUCUGCAAGCUACGCUCGUGCUUCUAGCUUGGGUGCCAAGUCUUCUUCCAUGGUCGGAUCCAUUACUUCCAACGCCGGUGCCCUUGGCUGUCGUCGGGGCCGCCAGUGCUAGCGCCUACCUAAGCUUAUAUUAUUAUUAUUAUAAGCUAGUAGUACUAGUACACCCUCCGAUCCUCUCCUUUCCCUUCCCACCAUUUUUUCAUUUUGCCCAAAAAUUGGGCAACUCCUCUCCUCAUCACCAAUUCACCAUAUAGCAAUUAAGCAAAAGCACUUCAAAUUUUUAAUUUGCCCAUUUUCUUGCACUGCCACUCCACUGCCUGUCAUUGUUUCUUGGCGUCGUCUUCUUCCAUUCAAGUCCCCAUCUCUGCAAAACCUCGGACCACAGCUGUAGCCCUCGUCCUCCCCGCCCACCAUUACUGUUACUGACAAAGUGUACAUUUUUUGCACAAUGUCACUAUAUACGUACGUUGCUGUCCUUCCUGUCUUGUCUCUCCCUUCCAUUCCACCAUUGAACUGCUUAGUGUGUAUCUUUUCUUGUUUGGUGUCAACCUCGAUCGGCCUGCUGUUUCAACGGAAAAACCAGAAACCAAGGCACAAGUGCUAUAGUAGUAAUAGAAGCAGGCGCCGAAGCGUUGGUGGUUCGGAUCUGUAUGUCCACCUCGAUCCGUCACAAUUAAAUGUGGGACGGGAGGGGAGUGUGUUUCUUCUUCAUUUCUAACGAAGUCUGCCUGUCUGUCUAUCCAUCCAUGUGAUUGUGUCGUCGUCAGUCGUUUGAUGCGUCGGUGCCUGUCAUUCUGCUCUCCUUCUCUCCCUUCAAUUGUGACUCCUGUUGAGAAGUAAACAUCAACCACCAUCUUAUUCUUUCUAGUUCUAGCUGUGUGUCCCUUUCCCCAUUCUCGUAUAGGAAGGAUUUAUUUACUUGUCAGCGUAAGUUUUGGGAUGUUUGCAUGGGCUUUUCCAUUGUCAGUUUACUUACUAACACGAAAGCAAUAUAUAUUGAGGCGAGCACCAUUUGUCUCGAAAUUAUGCGUGUUCAUGAUCAUGUUGGUAACGAAAGGGGAGUUUAAUUUAAGCAAUCUUGUAACUGGAGCAACCCGGCAGGGGAGACAUUUUACAGAGAAACAGUACUCAAUUAUAUC